GACAGAAUACUGUUUCUGUUAUUGAAUAGGAGUUUUAGUUGUUGUUAUUAUAAUAUUAUACUAAAUAGAUAAUUUAGGAAAGUGCGUGCUUAAUCCUGUGUGCAGGCCAUUAAUGGUUUAGUAAGUUGAUUAUCACGGAAAUUACCACACUAUCCCAUUUUACGACAUCUUACAUAUAUUGUAUUUUAUAUUUUUAGUUCUAAUUAUUAUUCAGAAUAUCGUGCACUCACAGUAUUUACUGUAAGUCGUACACUAUCAUAUUCACCAGGUUAUAAUGAACGCAGAUCCACGAAGGUCCGAAAAAAUACUUAGAUAUGUUUCAAAAACAAAUGGCAAUGGUCAAGAAGAACUCGCCCCUGAUUAUGUCAACCCUGUAGGUCAGUACCAAGUGCAAGGAAAUGCCCAAGAACCCUCAGAGUUACCUGCAAACGUGGAAACGAAUCUUCAACCAGCUCCUGGCCUCGAAGAGACCCAGCAAGGGUCCGACGACCCAUCUGUGACUACCAACGCCACCAACGUAAUCGCCACCAGCCCCCAGUACGGGGUAGCCAUUAUACCAAAUGCUACCACAACAGGAGACCUUCCUUCCGAAAUGGUAACGGUCCCCACUGAAACGUUGACUGACACUACGGCCAAAGCGACCGAAGACAAAGAACUCCACUCGACCCCCAGCAGAAAUGACCGCUUCAAAGUAGUGAAGAUCGCCAGCCUUGAACCUUUCAAACGUGGCCGGUGGAAAUGUAUGGAUUACGUCGAUGAGGCUCCCCCGGCGGGGGCCACCAGAGUUCCUCAAUCAGUGGGCAGCAUUCAAUUAACUGCGGGCCAAUACAUGCAAACGCAGAGCCUGCCACAACAGCAGAUCCAGCAGAUGCUUCUCCAGGGCGGGUUCACCAACGGCACUCAGUUUUUUGCUAACGUCGCACCUCAGAUGGUUCCUUCUGGCCAGUACUUUUAUCCGCAGGUCGCUAAUAUACAGAGCCAGACGCUACCUCAGGUGCAGAAUAAUAUCCCCACUCAGUUCAUAGGCAAUCAGCCGUACUUCUCAACCGGCGUGGUACAAAACGCGGCAGCCUUCACGAUACCGCAGGGCUUCCAAAACGUCCAGUACGUUCCCGCCAACUUGAUACAAAACCAAAACAGCGCUUUUGUCCCCACCUCGUCUGUUCAGGUGUCCCAGAACUUCCAACAGGCGCAGUCUUAUCCGACGCAGGCGCAGUCGAAUUCCGCUCAGCCUAUGGUCAACGGACACAACUACAAUCCGCAGAACGAACAACUCGCUGCUUCUCUGCCCACGCAAAACGUGAAGAGUGUCAUUCUCAACUCCAACAAUCCGCAGCCUAUCGCGAGCCAGACUCAGGUGAAUCAAAACGCAACUGUUCCUGUCGUCCAGACCCAGCAAUACCACCAGGUCGUGUUCCAACAAAAUGUCCAGGCACCGUCUCAGACAACGAACCAAACGGCUUCGAGUUUAGGCCCCGGCCAAGCUCAACUCGUCAACCAGUCGUCGCAGGUAGUCCAGCCCCAGAACUUCGAUCAGAAUUUGGCAAACAACGUUUACACCAAUCCUCAGUUCGCGAUGAGCGUCAACAGUCUGACAGUCCUCGACGGAGGCGAAAACCAUGCGGAAAUCAACGAGACGACCAGCGGAAUGGACGCUGCUAGCGAGAGUACGGACGAUCCGGCGAAGACGAAUCCCGUCGUUAAUGCUAUCGACAACAAGAUCGAACAAGCGAUGGAUCUGGUAAAGAGUCAUCUGAUGUAUACGCUAAUCUUUCAAGACUAG